AUGGCAUACAUACAGCUUUUUUUGCUGUGUUUUAUUGUUUCUGUAACCAGGGCAUUUUACUUGCCAGGUGUGGCGCCCACUACUUAUAGGGAGAAUGAUGAGAUUCCAUUACUCGUUAAUCAUCUAACCCCAUCCAUGUCCUACCAACACCAAGAUGAAGAUGGUAAUAAUAUUCCCGGAGAUAAGGAACACUUCCUAUACUCUUAUGACUAUUACUACGACAAAUUUCAUUUUUGCAAGCCCGAACACGUCGAAAAGCAACCUGAAUCCUUGGGUUCCAUUAUAUUUGGUGAUAGAAUAUAUAAUUCACCAUUCGAAUUGAACAUGUUACAAGAAAAAGAGUGUGUUUCCUUAUGUAAAAAGAUUAUUCCUGGGAACGAUGCCAAAUUUAUCAACAAGUUAAUCAAGAACGGAUUUUCCCAAAAUUGGCUUAUUGAUGGUUUACCUGCUGCUAGAAAAGUCCAUGAUGGAAGAACUAAGACAGAUUUUUAUGGCGCUGGCUUCGGACUUGGUUUCGUUGAUGUAACACAAGUGGUAAAUGGUGACACUGAACAAACACAAACGGGCAGUGGUGAGACUGAACUGGAAAAGCCAAAAACCACCAAUGAAGGUAUAGAAUUGGAUGCCCGUGAUCAAGGUCACAACAUGGUGCAAACUCGUGAGUUUUCAUACUUUGCUAAUCAUUUCGAUAUUAAAAUCGAAUACCAUGACCGUGGUGAAGGUAACUAUCGUGUAGUCGGUGUCAUCGUUAAUCCAGUGUCUAUAAAAAGAUCCUCCCCAGGUACUUGUGAAACAAAUGGCUCCUUAUUAGAACUGAAUGAAGAAAAUGAUAAUGAAGUUUAUUUUACCUAUUCGGUUAAAUUCGAGGAAUCCGCCACUUCAUGGGCUACCAGAUGGGACAAAUAUUUACACGUUUAUGAUCCUUCUAUCCAAUGGUUCUCCUUAAUUAACUUCUCUUUGGUCGUUGUGCUAUUAUCAUCCGUCGUUAUCCACUCACUACUGCGUGCUUUGAAAAGUGAUUUCGCUCGGUACAACGAGUUAAACCUAGACGAUGACUUCCAAGAAGAUUCAGGCUGGAAAUUAAACCACGGUGAUGUUUUCCGUUCACCAAGCCAGUCACUAAUGCUCUCCAUUUUGGUUGGUUCAGGUGUUCAAUUAUUUUUGAUGGUCACUUGUAGUAUUUUUUUUGCUGCAUUAGGUUUCCUAUCACCUAGCUCUAGAGGCUCGUUAGCCACGGUUAUGUUCAUUCUAUAUGCCUUAUUUGGAUUUGUUGGUUCUUACACAUCCAUGGGUAUCUACAAAUUUUUCGAUGGUCCAUACUGGAAGGCAAAUGUGAUCAUGACCCCGCUUUUAAUUCCUGGAGCUAUUCUACUAGUAAUCAUUGCACUGAACUUUUUCUUAAUGUUUGUCCAUUCUUCUGGUGUUAUUCCAGCAAGUACUUUGUUUUUUAUGGUAUUCUUAUGGUUUUUAUUCUCCAUUCCGUUAUCAUUUGCUGGUUCUCUGGUUGCCAGAAAGAGAUGUCACUGGGAUGAGCAUCCAACGAAAACGAACCAAAUUGCAAGACAAAUCCCCUUCCAACCUUGGUAUCUGAAAACUCUACCGGCUACUUUAAUUGCUGGUAUUUUCCCCUUCGGUUCUAUUGCCGUUGAAUUGUAUUUUAUUUACACAAGUUUGUGGUUCAAUAAGAUUUUCUACAUGUUCGGGUUUCUAUUUUUUUCAUUCCUUUUAUUGACGUUGACAACCUCUUUGGUCACUGUAAUGAUCACUUAUCAUUCGUUAUGCCUCGAAAACUGGAAGUGGCAAUGGAGGGGAUUUAUCGUCGGAGGUGUCGGUUGCGCUCUGUAUGUAUUUAUCCAUUCCAUUCUAUUCACUAAAUUUAAGUUAGGUGGAUUCGUUACCAUUGUUUUGUACUUGGGAUAUUCUUCUAUUAUUUCAUUGCUAUGUUGUUUAGUGACUGGAUCAAUUGGUUUCAUUAGCAGCAUGUUCUUUAUCAGAAAGAUUUACUCAUCUAUCAAAGUUGAUUAA